CCCGCGGGGAGCCAGACAACGCGCGGGCCGCGGAGGGACCGCUUGCAGCUGGAGGCGAGGCACCGGGCUGGGCUGUCCGCACCGGGGUAACUUUUCAUCCCAUAACUCCGGUGUCUUGAAAUCUGAUGAUUCCACCAAGAUAAUGUGAUAGGAACACUCAGUGAUUUGUGACAAUAUCCUCCUUAGACUAAUGCUGGCCUUCCAGAUUAGCUGAGAGCUUGGUACAGUAACACACACUGCUUGUUAACCUGCACAGGCAAUAAUGCCAUCUCUGCCACAAGAGAGAGUUAUUCAGGGACCCUCUUCUCUGGAUCUGGAUUCAGAAUUGUCUUACCAAAGCACUAUGAAAGGGAAAGUAAGAAAGAAGAAAAAGAAAGGUACCAUUACAGCAAAUGUUGCCGGCACAAAGUUUGAAAUUGUUCGUUUAGUAAUAGAUGAAAUGGGAUUUAUGAAAGCUCCAGAUGAGGAUGAAACAAGUAAUCUUAUAUGGUGUGAUUCUGCAGUUCAGCAGGAGAAAAUCUCAGAGCUGCAAAAUUACCAGAGAAUCAACCAUUUUCCAGGAAUGGGGGAGAUCUGUAGGAAGGAUUUCUUAGCAAGAAAUAUGACCAAAAUGAUCAAGUCCCGGCCUCUGGAUUAUACCUUUGUUCCCCGAACAUGGAUCUUCCCUGCUGAAUACACACAAUUCCAGAACUAUGUGAAAGAACUGAAGAAAAAACGAAAGCAGAAAACUUUUAUAGUAAAACCAGCUAAUGGUGCAAUGGGUCAUGGGAUUUCUUUGAUAAGAAAUGGUGACAAACUUCCAUCUCAGGAUCAUUUGAUUGUUCAAGAAUAUAUUGAAAAGCCUUUCCUAAUGGAAGGUUACAAAUUUGAUUUACGAAUUUAUAUAUUGGUAACAUCGUGUGAUCCACUAAAAAUAUUUCUCUACCAUGAUGGACUUGUGCGAAUGGGAACUGAGAAGUAUAUUCCACCUAAUGAGUCCAAUUUGACCCAGUUAUACAUGCAUCUAACAAACUACUCUGUGAACAAGCACAACGAGCAUUUUGAAAGGGAUGAAACUGAAAACAAAGGCAGCAAACGUUCCAUCAAAUGGUUUACAGAAUUUCUGCAAGCAAAUGAGCAUGAUGUUGCUAAGUUUUGGAGUGAUAUUUCAGAACUGGUGGUAAAGACUCUGAUUGUAGCGGAACCUCAUGUCCUGCACGCGUAUCGAAUGUGUAGACCUGGUCAGCCUCCAGGAAGUGAAAGUGUGUGCUUUGAAGUCCUGGGAUUUGAUAUUUUGUUGGAUAGAAAACUAAAGCCAUGGCUUCUGGAGAUCAAUCGAGCACCAAGCUUUGGAACUGAUCAGAAAAUAGACUAUGAUGUAAAAAGGGGAGUACUGCUAAAUGCACUGAAGCUACUAAACAUCAGGACUAGUGAUAAAAGGAAAAACUUGGCUAAACAAAAAGCUGAGGCCCAAAGGAGGCUUUAUGGUCAACAUUCAAUAAAAAGGCUCUUACCAGGUUCCUCAGAUUGGGAACAGCAGAGACACCAGUUGGAGAGGCGGAAAGAAGAGCUGAAAGAAAGACUGGCUCAAGUACGAAAGCAGGUCUCAAAAGAAGAACAUGAAAAUCGGCAUAUGGGGAAUUAUAGACGUAUUUAUCCUCCUGAUGAUAAAACACUACUUGAAAAGUAUGAAAAUUUGUUGGCUGUUGCUUUUCAGACCUUCCUUUCAGGAAGAGCAGCCUCAUUCCAGCGAGAGCUAAAUAAUCCUUUGAAGAAGAUGAAGGAGGAGGAUAUUUUGGAUCUUCUGGAACAAUGUGAAAUUGACGAUGAGAAGUUGAUGGGAAAAACUUCCAAGUCUCGAGGACCUAAGCCUCUGUCUUCUAUGCCUGAGAGUACUGAGGUAAUGAGGAGGAAGUACUACAGCAGUGAGAGCAGUUACGACAGUCACAGCAGUUCUUCAGAAUCAGAUGAAAAAGAAGACUGCCAACAUAAGAAGAGAGAAAAACAAGUUACAUAUAAUCAUAAACAGCCUAACCCCUACAAAUUAAUUCAACAAUCCAGCGCCAUAAAGCGUUCAGUCAGCUGUCCUCGGUCCAUCACUGCUCAAUCAACUCUCAGUGGGGACAGUCGCCCCUUUUCUGCUCAACAAAUGAUAACAGCACCCCGGGCAACUUCAGGGUCUCGAUCACAUUCAUUAAACCGUGCUUCCUCCUAUCAGAAGUAUCUGCCUCCCACGAAUGAUACCAGUUCUGACUCUCAACAAAGUGAGUCUUUGCAGCAACUGAGAACAAAAGAACAAGAAGCCGCUAUGACAAGUCAGACCUUAUUUGUUCUCAAGGACAUGAGGAUCCGGUUUCCAGGAAAAUCCGAGCUAGAAUCAGAACUCCUGAUGGAAGAAAUGAUUGAUAACUGGAAGUUUCAUAAAACAAAGGUAGCUUCAUACUGGCUUAUAAAAUUGGACUCUGUAAAACAACGAAAAAUAAGAACUUUCUUGGUUAUCUUCCGGCUGAAAAAUUCCAUCAGAGGGUUUGCAAGAAUGUCCAGUAAGCUAAAUGAAAGUGGCAAAAAUAGAUAGUGGAAAGAGGUGCUGAACUUGCGACCAAGUGAACCCAGAUUCAGUCGUGCCUCUAGGAGUGAUACCUUCUCAGAAGUUCUCUGAGAUUUGUAAUGAUUGGAAGGUUCUUGUGAGGAGGUGAGACAUCAUACAGGAAGGGGUUCUAGCCUGAGAAGGUUUAAAAUACUAAUUUUCUUUGUUUCCUAUUAACAGUCCUCAUACUAGGCUGUUUCUCUGAUGCAUUUUAUUUUACUAAGAAUUCUUCAUACGUAGACUUAUGUGGGAUAUGUAGAAAUGAGGUAGAAAAUGUCUGUUGGAGUGUUACAUACUGACCAUUGUACUGUUGCCUUAUUAAGCUAGAAAGUGUGCAAGACAGCAAAAGAAACCUAGCUUGUAGAUCAGCUGUGGAAUGUUGAAUUAGAUAAUAUAGAAAUUUCUCUGUUUUUAGAAGGCCAGUGAUUUGACCAAUUUAUGACUAGAUGUGGAUUAAUCAGAUCUGUUCUUUUAGCUGUAAUGAUAGUCAAUAAUCAUUAGAUGGCUUUGUCAGUUCAGUUCUCUGGGAAGAAGAUAUAAGACAGAAUUAGAAGUGAAAGAGAUUUAUAAAAACAAAUACCCCAAAGUUAAAGGGGGGCAGGAAGAGCCUUCAGAUUGCAGUGCAGGUCUGAAAUCUGUGAAUAGAAAGGAGGAAGUUUGGGGAAGAAGAACCUUGGACUUUAGUGAAACUGAGAAAAUCUUAGGCUGAUGGGGAGCUUAGAAAAAGAUUGCCUUGCAGAGGGGUUGCACUGAGUGGAAAUAGCCCCUUUCUGGUGUCUCUUGACCUGGAGCUGUCUAGGGAGAACAUGAGCCUGGCUUGACUGUUGCAGCCAACCUUGAAUUGGGGGGCAGGGAGGAGUGUGCUGUCAGCUAGCAGCGCUCUUGGAAGCAGGUUGAUUCAAUAGCAUGUCUCCAUGCUGCCACAAAAGCUGUGUGUGAUGUGAUUUAACUUGACAAACAUCUUUUGGUUGCCAAUUUUUUACAGCAACUAUGCUAGGCACAAUUGGAGAUUUUGAAGUUGUGUGUCCUUAAUUUACUUGCUCAUUCAAAUAGGCAUUCAAUAGAUGUGGAUUGAGGGACUACCACAUCCAAAGCACUGUUCUAGGUGUGAAAUGCACAAUACUCUCGCUUAAGUCUCUUACUUCUAUUGUAGACCAUGGUUGAA